CCAGUCUCUCCCUCUCCCUGUCCCUGUCGCUUUGUCUUUUUGUCUGUGUAGCUUUAGCUUGCCUGUCUGCAGUGGAUUGUCAGACUGUGAGAGGGAGCUAACUCCACUCUGAGAGCAGCAGCAGGAGGAGGAGCCUUUGCUUUUCCUCCACUUCGACUGUCAGGAUCUUUAUUUUCACAAGAUUUUAAAAAUGGAAGCUGUGGACCGGACGCUAAAUUACUAUUUUGUAUCAUGGUUUGGACCAAGAGAUUCCAGAGUUGAAGGUUUUUUCCUUCUAGAUAAGUAUCUUCCUACUUUUAUACUUAGUCUCCUGUACCUCUUUGUGAUCUGGGCUGGACCGAAGUACAUGCAGAACAAAGCACCUCUAUCUUCUAGGGGAAUACUAGUGGUCUAUAACAUUGGAUUAACGCUCCUUUCCUUAUAUAUGUUUUGUGAGUUGGUCAGAGGUGUUUGGGAUGGAGGAUACAGUAUUUUCUGUCAGAACACACACAAUGCUGGUGAAGCCGACCUGAAGAUUAUCCGUGUGCUAUGGUGGUACUACUUCUCUAAAGUCAUAGAGUUCAUGGACACUUUUUUCUUCAUUUUACGAAAGAACUACCAUCAGAUCACUGUUCUGCAUGUCUAUCACCACGCCACCAUGUUCAACAUCUGGUGGUUUGUUAUGAACUGGGUGCCCUGUGGUCACUCUUUCUUUGGGGCCACUCUCAAUAGUUUCAUUCACGUGCUGAUGUAUUCCUAUUAUGGUCUUUCUGCUAUCCCAGCCAUGCGACCUUAUCUUUGGUGGAAAAAAUACAUUACUCAAGGACAAUUGCUCCAGUUUGUUCUAACGAUAAUUCAGACCAGUUUUGGUGUUUUCUGGCCGUGUGGAUUUCCAAGUGGCUGGCUGUACUUCCAGAUUGGCUACAUGAUCUCUCUGAUUAUACUCUUCACUAAUUUCUAUAUACAGACCUACAAGAAAAAGAGUGCUUUCAAAAGCAAAGACUGUCUAAAUGGUUCUACAAUAGCUGCGAAUGGACACACAAAUGGCCUUUCUACACAGAUGGAUCAUUAUUCAGAAAAGAAAACUCACUAAGAUCGAUCCCAGGGCUAGAACCGCGUUUUGUCAGCACACUAAGAGUUUUGUGAUGUCUUGAGGCAAUUUCAAAAGUUACCAAUGUGUUAACUAUAUCCAGUCUGCAUUAUAUAGCCAUAUAGGGUAGGGAUUUGGAACUGAAUAUUGUUGUGAUCAAUAGAAAAAUGAAUUUAGAGAAACUUCCAUAUGUGAAAGCGUACCUAAGUGAUAGAAAGGUAUGGAAAAUAAUAUCAGCCCUAUAUAGUUUCAAAAAUGAUAGGAUAUUUCCUACACUAGAGCAAUGGACCCCAGUGUGAAUCAGGUAAAAUGUGGUUGAUUUUAGUUUACAACACUGUUGUUGCCUUACUGCGUUUUGUGUGUUAGGUACUGUCUUGUAUUUACUUUAAUCUUAAACCAUAUUUAUAUGUUUCAACUGAAAUGUAAUUUGGCACAGGGUGUUGGCCCACAUGCCUUAGUUUUAGCUAAAGUUGCAAUGCUGCAUAAUUAUUAUGUUUUAAAUGUUUCGAUAAUCCAUACCUCUUUCUUGACUAUAAAUAACUGACUUGCUUGUUUUAACAACAUAAGGUGUGUUGAGUUGCUGCCACAGUGUAGGAGCAGAUAACUGAGUACUGCAGUGGUAUGUUUUACACGAUCAAAUUCUCUUAAGUGCAAAUGACUAUCCAACAAUGGACAACUGCUGAGCAUACCCAGCUUAUGCAUCCAGUUCAACUGAAUGGUCGACAAUUGAGUGAAAGCCUACUCUUGUCACUGUUGCUCCUGGACCAAGUUCCAAGUUAACAGCCCUUCAUCAUGUACGCCUUGUUACUGGCCUAAAAUUCCAGUCGUUCUUCUCAGGAAUUUCCACAAUUGUUUGUUCAUUGAGACAGUUUGCACUGGUAGUGCAGAAUUAAGGCUGUAGUUUAUUAGCACCCGAGACCUUCCGCUUUUGUGUAAAUGCUGAAAGCCUUGUGUGCUGCUGAGUUUUUUUUUUAAAAAGUUAGAAAUGCAGAGUAAGUCUGAUAAAGAUCUGAGAGAGAAAAAAACUGUUUUUGUUUCAGUUACUGACUGAGCUACUUUGUAUCCUUAAGAUUUUCUACUUUUAUUUCAGAUUUCUUUUUCGUAAACAAAAACCAUUCUGUGCUGUUGACCUACGCUGAGACACACUUUUAUUUCAAGGGGACACUCCUAUUUUGAAGGGUUGGCUGUUUGGCUAAAGCCUAUUUGUGGCGCAUCAUGCAAAAAUAAAGGUUAUGAAGUAACUGAAUUAUGUGGUUAUACUUACCUGUGUCAUGUGAAUGAGGUGAAUUAACUGUCAGGAUUGUACCUUAAUUGCAGUGGCCAGGUUGUGUGAUGUACAUGUGGUCAUGGUCUCAUUACAUCCAAAAUGCAAAACAUUUCUGUGCGUAUACUGAUGUUUGUGCGGCGUAUUGUUGUGUAGGUGCAGCAGCACUGUUAGUUUAUGAAGAAUUUGAGACCCUAGAAGUAAAUGUAACAUUUUUCACUCGGUGCAUGUUCAAAAUAUUUGAUGGGGUAUAGUCCUUCAGCCUUUUUGUGAGGGGUGAACUUGAAUUGAUAGGUAAAUAGAGAAUUUUCACUAUAUGAGAAUGUCUUGAUUGUCUCUUGAUUCUGGGGCAGCACAUUAUGUCUUUAAUCAGGCAGUAAAUGUCAUGGAUGAGUAGCUAAAAGAAGUGCAAAGGUUCCAUAUCUUCUGGAGGUGCACUGAAAAGCCUGCUGUAAUUGAAACACAUUUAAGCCGUAGCACACACUGGAAAGUUGAUUUUUUUUCUAUCUAAAUAAUUUUAUUUUAAAGUUGCAGUGAAUAUCACUAUUUAUUAAAAUGAACUAAUGUUUCUGAGGUAUCAAAUGUAUUUAAAGUAUAACAUUUAUGCAGCAGUGUCACUUUAAAUAACUUUUUGCAGUUACACAUAUGCCUUAAAAAUAAAUUGCAGGGUCCAAGGUUUUGCUGCAGGCUUACCCAAUGGUUUAAGUGAAGACUGUGCAAAAACAAAGUUCAUGCAAUUUCUAAUUUGCAUUAAUCAGCAGUGUGAUGACCCUAAUUCUCUUAUCCAUAUUUGAAUUAAAUGUUCAUUAAUAACCAGUAGGUCUCAAAUGCUUCAACGUUACAUUAACAGAUUUUGUGAUAUACUCUCAAACAAACAACAUAUUGAUCUUUAUUACUAAUGAGUCAGUGUCAUAGCUAAUGAAAUAUUAUCCCUAAAUAUUAAAAAAAAACCUGAUCCCUUUAAUUGGAUGUCUUAUUUUUGGUGGUGUUAUAUACUGAGUGAGUCUUUGGUCAUGGUGAUUCUAUUUAUGAACAUUUCAUUAAAAUUGCCAUGCUUUGUACAGCCCAUACAGGGGAUAUAAUGUGAAGCAACUUCCUUUCCCAUCCUACCUGGAACAGAGUUUGCACACUUUACCUGUAAGUUCUGGGCUCGUAAGCAAUAGCUGAAGCUAAGGCAGAAGUUACAGCUGUCAGUCAUUAUCCAAAGUGUAGCAGACAAUUUCAGACUUUUAAAAAAAACCCAACUUACAGGUAAAGUGUGCAAACCCUGUUCCCGGUAGCAUGGGAAAAGAAGUUGCCUCACAUUAUAUCCCCUUCAUCAUAAGAAGCAGCAAUCCAUCUUCUAAUGUGAUUCAAUUUAUGGAAAGGUUUAACCAAUAUUCUACUUGAAUUUUACUAAUUUGGAUAAAAGUUACUGAAACUGUACCUGAAAAUACAAUUUGAGUCUUUCUAGUCAGUCAAACAAUUAUUCACUUUGUGAAAAUAUCCUGAAAGGCACGUGUUUCAUCAAAUGACAACAUGUUUUACUAGCCUUAGUACAAGAGAAUAAUCAGUGUACAUUUUCGUGGUUCCACAAAUAACAUUUAUAAUGGGAGCAAAAGCUUUGAAUACAGAGUUAUCAAUGGUCAACUUUCUAAAGAGCCAGGGUCUGUCGAUUACAUAAAAGGUUUGAGGUUGCUGUAAAUGCUGCAAAGACAAGAAUCAAAGCCCAACUGUGAAUGCUUAUACAAUGCAAUGUAGGAUAAGAACGCACAUACAUACAAACUAAACCAUGGGAUAUCAAAGAGCAGUAUCUUCAGAUGGGCCAGAAUAUGCAGCCAAUGUUGAGACUUGCUUGAAUUGCUGAAGCAGUUCUUUCCAUUUCAAAUGUUGGUGCAGAGUAACAGUCUUGGGUUCUUCAGAGUUUUGCAUUAGAUUCCCCCCUAUAUCUCAAAAGAAAGUAACCACUUGAUUUGUGGGGCUUAAUUGAAGACUGCAUUACAGCCUAUAAGCAAUGCCGUUCUUACUGAUGUACAACAUUCUGUAUCUCUUUUCUCAUACAGGCACUGAAUAUUUCGGGUAAUGCUGCUCUCAAACCUCAAAUUACAUUUAAAAAAACAACUUUAAUCAUGAGUGUGCUGGUUUAACCUGUGUCUGAGUAACUUGUACAUUCACCAGUUGUAACAUCUGCAAAUGGACUCAAAGUUCACUAAAUUAAAAUCUUUACUAAACUUGAAA